AUGCGCUCCGUCGCCCUCCUCGCCCUGGUCAGCGCCGUCUCGGCCGGUCAUCUCAGUGUGCCAUUCUCGCGCCAGUCCUUUGACAAUGGCCACGCCCGUCGCGCUGCCCUGCGCAAGCGCCAGGACGACGCCGAGCCGUUUGCCCUCGAGGCGCUCAACAACAUCACGGGCGGUGGCUACUACUCCGAGUUUGAGAUAGGCACUCCUCCUCAGCAGAUCAGCUUCCUGCUCGACACGGGCAGCUCCGACACCUGGGUCAACAGCGUCGAAGCAGACCUGUGCAACGACGAGGAACUGCAGACAUACAACGGAUUCUGUCAAACCCAGUGCAAGUACUUCCCGCUCCCCCUCCUCACAUCCGAAUCCCACUUCGACCCCGAUGAGAGCAGCACGUUCGAGACCGUGAACGGGGAGGACUUUGACAUCCAGUACCUCGACAGUCGCAGGAUACAAGGCGAGUACUUUAAAGACACGGUCACGUUUGGCGAUGUCGAGGUGACGGGGCAGCGCAUGGGCUUGGCCCUCCAAUCCGUCCGCCCCACGGGCAUCAUGGGCCUUGGCCUCUCCGUCAACGUCGCGUCUACACGCGAGUAUCCCACCAUUAUCGACAACUUGGUCGACCAGGGCCACAUCAACACCCGCGCCUACUCGUUGUAUCUCAACGACAUCGACACCGACGCCGGCGCCUUGCUCUUUGGCGGCAUCGAUCAGAAAAAGUUCAUCGGCAACCUGGCGACCCUCCCCCUGCAAUCGGACGCGCUGGCAGGCACUAGCCAGAUCACCUCCUUCAACGUCGAGAUCCAGGGCUUCGACGUGGUGUCUCCCGAUGGCGAGAAGACUGUCAACAUCCCCAACCUGGACUCCCUCGCCAUUCUCGACUCUGGCUCCACCAUAUCCCUCCUCCCCAACGACCAGGUCCAGGACCUGUGGGAUGAGUUUGGCGUGCUGAGCUUCAUCGACGUCCUCGCGCCCUUUAUCGACUGCGCGUACCGCGGCGACAAGGGCCAGGGCUACAAGUUCGAGUUCCGCUUCGACGGCAAGACCAUCAGCGUGCCCAUGGACGAGAUGGUCAUCGACGCCUACAGCGACGUGCAGGACAUCUUCAAGAGCGACCCCACGCUUCGCCAGUACUUUGGCGACUGGGACGGCGCCUGCAUGUUCGGCAUCGGCUCCACCUCCGACUUUGGCAUCGACGACGACCAGUUCACCCUCCUGGGCGCCACGUUCCUCCGCAGCGCCUACGUCGUCUACGACCUCGCCAACGAGCAGCUGGGCAUCGCCCAGGCCAACCUGAACAGCACCGACACGGAUAUUGUCGACAUUGAGGAGGGAGACCUGCCCGAUGUCACAGGCGUUGAGAGUCAGUCUACUCCCACCCCUACCCCGUCUGCCUCCACCACCUCUACGGAGGCUACCACCACCAUGACUGCCACAGAGGAACCCACCGCGACGGAGACGGACGGUGGUGAUAACGGGGACGAUCAGGCUGACGACAGCACAGACAAAGAAGAUAACGAUGAUGCCGGCGUACGCCUUAUCCCCUCCCUCUUGGCCGCAGGGGCCCUGAGUGCACUCAUGCUUGUCCUGUGA